ACAAGUAUUACACUUCGCGUGCACACACCGCUGUGACCAUGGCAGCGAGUGAAGAAGUCGCAGAAAAUUCGCAAAUAAACGGCAAAAAACCGCGUAACACCUUUCUAGAUAACUUUGGAAAGCUCACCAGCAAUGAGCAGAAGAUUCGACUCAAGAGUGGCAGUCAAAUCAUUCGCCAUUUGAGCAAAAACAGUGAAAACGACGAAGAGUUACAAUAUGCAAUUGGACGUUUAGUUCGCGGCGUGGGUUCUGGUAAAGUCAAUUCACGCAUUGGUUUCUACACAACACUCAAUGUUUUCCUGAGAACUUCAAAUAAAUUUGACAUCAAUAACAUUCUUGAUGUUAUACACAAGGAGCUGAAAACAAGUGGACAAAACUUGAAAAGUGAAAAUGCUGAUGUUUACACUGGGCUGAUUCUUGUUUGCGGAGCUGUUUUACAUGCUGGUAAAUUUGCCACUCUUGAAAAUGAAAAAAGGAAGACUUUACUUCAACAUUUGGUGGAUGCUAGUGUCAAGAAGACCUAUCUUGGGCUCUUGGCCGCCUCCUUAAUAGUUGAUGCAUUACCAAAAUUGACUAUAAAUGUAUUUUCGGAGGAUAUUUUGCCUGUCCUUCGGCCGCAGUUGAAGAAACCGCUGUCUGACUACACAAUCGACCAACUUUACUUGCUUCUCAAAUGCGAAGAACAAUUUCCCACCGUCGUCAACUCGAAGUUCCUUGGAAACUUAAUCAACACACCGAAAAUAAUCUCCGAAGGUAACGUGAAACACCUUAUCAAUGUCCUUCUUGAUGUGAAUCCUUUGAGGCAAAUUGCUGAACAUCCAAUCUACCCUUAUAUCGGCAAAAAACUUGCAAGCGUAACAUACCUACCAAAAAUCUUAAACCAACUUGACGUGAAUUUCGAAAACUUCACGAACGUAAAACAUCAAGUACUCGCCGUUUUGCUUCGAAACAUUGUCAUCAACUUAGAAGAACACAGACAUAUGCCUUCAGUUUUUGGUAAAAACUUCCUGUUUGAAACUGUGAGGCAUUUCAAAGCAACAACGAUUAAACAACAAGAUGAAAUUAAAGUGGAGGUCAUUAAUUUAUUAAAUGCUACUGCGGCUUGGGCGAAGAAACCUGAAGUUUCUUCAGAUAUAAAAGUUAAAGUCAUGGAAAAGCUCAUGUUUUACCCUGGGAUUUUUAUUUUCGAGAAAAUCACCGGUAAUAAAGUUCUGCAAAGUAUCACUGCAACUUUAGAUGUUGACGGAGUUAAAACUCUGUGUGAUAUUUACAAAGGUGUUAUGUUAGCUGAGCUGACAAAACAGAGGGAUGAGAGAACCACUGAGAAUUGGUUGAAUCUCGAUCGUGUUUACGCUGCACAACUAAUUGUUAAAUUGAUUAAUCAUUCAGCUGCUAGAACUGAACACGACUGGAAAGUUGAACAGCUUCAACUUUUAAUGGAAGUUGCACUUCUGAGAAGACCAGGAAUAGGAGUUGACUUAAACAAGAGUUUAAAGGAUACAUUCUUCUCUGCGUUGGAUUUUAAAUUUGGUAAACUACAAGAUGGAAUUUCUUGUUUGUCGAAAUUAGUUCAUAGUUUAAAUGAAAAUAUGAAUAACCUACGGGCACCGUUGGAUGAGGAGGUUCAAGCACUUUGGGAGAAAAGUUUUGAACUAAUCAACAAAAUCGAAGGUAAAUCUGCGAAAAAACAAGGACAUUUAACAAUGGUGUUUCAUAUGUUAUUCCUACAAAUGUCUCUGCAAUUAUUUAACGAUUCUAAGUUGGCUGGGGAUUCGUUGAAUGAAUUAUUUACUUGUUAUGCUAAAAGGAAAUCAAAGGAUGAAGAAGUGAAUUGGAUUGAGGUAGUUGUUGACUUAUUUUUGAAUUUACUAUCGCACAAUUCACAUUUGUUGCGGUCUGUUAUCAACAAAGUGUUUCCGCAUCUCUGUAAAUACUUGACGCCAAGUGCAAUUCAUCAGAUUUUGCACAUUUUGGAUCCCAAGAGUGAUGCUAAUCCAUUAAGUGAGAAUGUAGAUUCAGAUGAUGAUGAUGAUGAAGACGAGGAAAAUGAGGAUGAUGAUGAUGAAUCUAAUGAGGAAGAUGACGAUGAAGAUGAAUCAAUGGAAGAAGACGACGAUUAUGAAGAAACUCCGAAUGAUAAACUACGCCAAGCAAUUCAGGAUGUCUUGUUAAAAACUGAUAAUGAUGACAACGAAAGUAUUGACCUCGAUGAUAUGUCAGAUACAGAAGCAGAGAAACUAAACACAGCCCUAGGAGAAGCUUUCAAGAACCAUAGACCUAACUUAAAGAAAAAGUCAAAGAAACAAUCAAAAGAUGAUGAAAUUCUCACGCAUUUCAGAGUGCGUGCUAUGGACUUAAUUGAUAUCUAUCUAGAUUCUCCGGAGGUUUCUAUGAUUAAUUGUUUGGAGAUUAUGCUACCUCUUCUUCAGGGAUUAGAGUUUUCCAUCAAGGAUGCUCAUCAAAAGCCGCUUCAUGAUAGGAUAAAAUCUUCACUGAAGAAACUUUCAGGACUUAAAACGUUUGCAUCAACUGACGAAGUUGAUGAGAAUGUACUACAUACUUUGUUGAAAAGUAUUCUAGAUAAAGGUUCAAAAAGUACCUUGAUUGUUCAGGAAAUGGGUGAUAAAAUCGCUGAUUGUUGCAUGCUCAUUAUUAAUUGUUCUUCUAUUGUUGGAGUCACAAAGAAAAUAUCGGCUUUGUUGACGGAAGUACUUGAUACGUACUUUAAAAAACGUGAUUGUUUGACACCUUAUGUGUUGUUCAAGAUGGUUUUGAAUUCUAACUGGGAGAAAAGUGUUACGUUGAUUGCUCCAUUGGUUAGUUAUGUUUUUGAUGAAGAGAUUAGACCGUUCAGGAGGAGGCAAGCAUUGGAAUUGUUGAAGAUUUUCUAUCUGAACAAUCGUCUAAUUGCUGCUAAUAAAGAGACGUUUGUUAAGAAACUGUCAAAGAGUGAGAACAAACUAAAUAAUAAUGUAGUUGAGUUUUUAGAACGCAAAGAGUACACGUCGAAAGAACCGUUUGUUAGUGGUGUGUUUCUGUUGUUGGCUGCGAUUAAGAAUUGUUGUCAUCAAACUGAAGUGUUUGAUUGGGCCAAGAUUGGUGAAUUGGCUAGAGAAUAUCGCUCGGGUAUUGCUUUGACUAAUGAUGGAAAGACGGCUUUUAGUAAACUGUGCAAUGCUCUGAAAAUUUCCAACGUUGUAAAGAUUAAAGGCAAAACUAUUAAGUUGAGUUUGAUUAAUCGGGAGGCUGAUAAAGAUGACGAGGAUGAUGAAGAUAAAGAAAAGGUUGAGAAGAAAAAAGGAAACAAAGAAGCCAAGAAGAUGAAGAAAGAAGCACGUAACUUACGUAUGCAGAGUUUAUCUGAAGGUUUAAACGAUAAGUUUAAUUUUGUUCAGACUGAUGUAGAUGAACUGAAUGAGAAUGAACUUGUUGAGGAAAAUGGGCAUGAAGCAAUGUCAGAAGAUGAAGAUGAAGAAAAACCUGAAGUUGUUGCUAAACCAAUACAAAACGGUGUUCAUAAAAUCAAGAAACGUUCUACAGAUUCACAAUCUGAGAGUCCCCAGAAAAAGAAGAAAAAGAAACAGAAAACAACUUAAAGUACCAUAUUUUUAAAUGAUUGUUGUUGUUAUGAUUAAUUGAAGUCCAUAAUGUCGUAGUGCGAGCCGCAAACGGAGGAGUCCUGAAAAUUAAAGAAUAAUACAAUUUUUUAAUCAA